GAUCUCUCACCUUGAGACUCAUUUUGCCAGUCCUCUUGAGUAUUUUACAUUUGCAUCUCCUCCAGAUGUUUAACAUCCUCAUUUCCUCAAGAAAAGCCUGAGAGCUGAUUUCAAGCUAUUGUCAUUGCUUGGUGUUGGUGGCACUAGUGCCAGGGAAGGCAAUUGCGGGCACGGGGCUUGGCUUUUGACACUGAGUCUGCAUGAUGAGAGAGGUGCAGCUGUGGUGGCUGUAGUGAAGGAGAGAGGUGCUAGCACGAGCUGUUGGGGGCAUCAGGACUGCCAUGUUCUUGGCUGCUGGCUUGAGUGAUUUUGGCUGAACUCUUGAACAUUUGUUGCCCUCCGGUCCUCACCUCAAAAAUGGGUGAAACGCUUGUGUGGUGGCCAGCUGACUGGUGGAAGCUCUUGAAGCACUGCCGGGGCAGCCAGAGCCAACCCCCCAGCCCACAGAGCAUGACACAGAGUCCUGACACAUCCUGGUGGCCGCUCAUCAAGGGCCGACUCGCCUUUAUCAGCUCACUUGCUGCUUGCGCUCUUUUCCUGGCCUGUCCUUUCACCAGCAGAAAUGCGGAAAAACCAGUUCUGUGGUUAAUUGCUGUACUUCCCUCCACGCCCAUGGGGCAGGUCUCCUCCUCCUCCUCACCCUCACUCAGUCUGGGUGCACUUCAGCCUCCAGCCUCUGCCCCUGCCUGCACUCAGCCGGCUCAGGUGUGCCAUCAGGCCUCUGCACUCCUUCCAUUAACCUUACGGCUUCUCCUGCCGUCUCCUUUUCCCUCCAUCUGCCAGAACUUCUGUCUCUCUGGUGGCUUCUUCUCCCUUGGGCAACCCAGUGGGUUGGCUUGUGGGUGCAGAAGGCGCAGGCAGCUGCCCUCCUGGCCCUGCCCUGCCUGGAGGGAUAGCAUUCGGGCAUGAUGGCCGGAGGCAAUGAGCGGAGCGUGAAGACCCUGAAGGAGGUGUGGAGAAGAGCGGAAAACUCGCUGUGUGCAGACUGUGGGAAACCAGAUCCUGACUGGGCAUCCUCUACUCUGGGUGUCUUUAUAUGCCUCAGCUGUUCAGGGAUUCACCGCAACAUCCCGAGCAUCAGCAAGGUGAAAUCCCUGAAGAUGGACCACUGGGAUGAUGCUCAGGUGCAGUUUCUGGCCAAGCAUGGGAAUGCUGUUACUAAAGCCACAUAUGAAGCUCACAUCCCUAUUUACUAUUACCAGCCAACCUACAAUGACUGCCAAGUGCUGAGAGAACAAUGGAUACGGGCCAAAUAUGAACGCAAAGAGUUCACCGAGCCAGGAAAACAGCUGCCAUAUUCUGAUGGGGUGAAAGAAGGCAUCCUCUGGAAGCGAGGUCGAGACAACGUGCAGUUUCUACCCCGCAAGUUCCUCUUGUCUGAGAGAGAGGGAUGUCUAAAGUAUUUCACCAAGCAGGAUGCCAAAGAACCCAAAAUCAAUGUUAAAAUAGAUGUCAUCAAUGCUAUGUUCCAGCCAGUUAAGAUUGGGAACCCCAAUGGCCUGCAGAUCACCUAUAUCAAAGACAACAAGACCCGGAAUAUAUUUGUCUACCAUGAAAGUGGAAAGGAGAUAGUGGACUGGUUCAAUGCUAUUCGCUCUGUGCAGUUUCAUUAUCUGAAGGUAGCAUUUCCCAUUGCCAGUGAUAAUGAGAUUAAAAAUCGGCUGACAAGAAACUUCCUGAAGGAGGGAUACAUGGAGAAAACUGGUCCCAAGCAGAGAGAGGCUUUUAAGAAGCGCUGGUUCACGCUGGAUCACCGCAGGCUCAUGUACUUCAAGGACCCUUUGGAUGCAUUUGCUAAGGGUGAGGUAUUUGUGGGCAGCAGAGAGAAUGGAUAUAGUGUCCAGAAGGGAUUGCCCCUGGGGACACAGGGCAACUUCUCUUGGCACUAUGGCCUCACCAUUGUCACCCCUGACCGGGAAUACCUCUUCACUUGUGAGACAGAGACUGACCAGCUGGACUGGAUCGCAGCCUUCACUAGCAUCAUCAGCCAGGCCAUGACACCACAGGAAUAUGCAAUUGAAGCCUACUUCAAGUUUAAAUCCUAGGAAGCCAUGCAGGACCCUUGUAUGACUCGACUCUACCUGGUCCUGUUGAGUGGGCUGUCAGAAGAGGAGAGGAGAUCGACAUCAGAGAAACACAGUGUGCUUGAAGCACCCUUUGAAGCACUUUUUUUCCCCAUAGACAGUCCACUUUGUUUCGAGGGCCCAAUUAAGCUACUUCCUUUCAAGUGCAAGACUUCGUGAGUCUGAACCCUCAGUGCAACCUGUCACUGUUAAAUUGCUGUGAUCUGACUGGAUGGUGGCAGGCCUUGCUUGUCAGUCGGGCCUCGAAAACUUGGCACUUGCUAUGUUGGAUGUGGGACCUAGCAUCGCUCCUGCAUGAAACUGCAGACACCUGCCUUACACAAGAAAACAGCUGCCUGGCUGGAGUUACACCCCAGCAGGUUGCAGGAGCUGUUGAACUAGGAGAGCCUGUUCCUUUACGAGGAAUGGCUUCUCUGUUGGUGACAGGGAUGUGAAAUAUCUAGAUAUUUGAUCAGUUAGAUCUGCAGUUGAGAAAGGUCACUUAGAAGAUGUAAUCUAACAGCCAAUGUGAGGCUUGUUUCCUCUUGCCAUGUAUGGCCUUGAAAGCUUCUUCAGACUGCAUUUGUGGGGAGACCUUCCUCCAAUUGCUGCAAAGAAGAUUAAGAGCACUGUUCAGAAACAAUGUAUCGUUAUACA